UUCUUCCGCGUUUACCUGUAGUUUUAAACGAAGGAGAAAUCAGUGGAGAAAUGGGUGUUCAUAACUGAAUUGAAGGCGUAAACAAAGCUACUUGUUCGAGUCCUUGCAUGCGCUAUAGGUAAAAGAGACGAGAGAGGGGGAAAUGAGCCGAAAAAGCGACAAAGUUUAAGCAAAGAAAGUGCACGUAAAGUUUUGUUGUCGCUGAAGUUCGCCGAAGUUGCCGUGUUGUCGCUCACAAUGGGAUGUUGUAGCAGCACAGAGAGCAAACGUGACUGGAAACCGCUGGAGGAGCGCAGCUGCACGGACAUCCCAUGGCUCAUCAUAUUCACCUUGUUUUGUAUUGGGAUGGUGUGUAUUUGUGGCUAUCCCAUCGCCACAGGAGCUGCCUCCAGGCUCAUAUCAGGAUACGACAGUUAUGGCAACACCUGUGGCCAUAAUAACACCAAGAUCGAGGGAGUGCCCCUCAGCGGCCGGGACAUGAAAGAAAACAAAUAUGUUUUCUUUCUAGACCCUUGCAACCUUGACUUAAUUAACAGGAGGAUCAAGUCCAUCGCGCUGUGUGUCUCCAAAUGUCCUACUGCUGAACUGAAGACACACAGCGAUUUAAAGCAGUUCGCUCUGAACAAUGGAUCCCACCUCUGCUCCUAUGAUAUUUCUCCUACAAGAUACACAAGCCAUUCAGAAAGAUCCACUAAAUGCCCUAAACUCCCUGUUCCACCAAGUAAGUCUGUCCCAGUGUUCCACCGCUGUAUUCCAGUGGAUGUCGGCUGCUAUGCUGAAUUUGCGCAGGCGUUCGUCACGUUCGUCAGUGACAACAAUGUGCUGCGCCGGGUCAUCGCAGGGGUGAUGGCCAGCAAGGAGAUCAUCAUGGGCCUCUGUGUGCUGGCUUUAGUUCUGUCCCUGAUCAUGAUGGUUGUCAUUCGCUACAUCUCCAAAGUGCUGGUGUGGAUUCUAACGGUUCUAGUAAUCAUCGGCUCUAUAGGUGGGACAGGCGUCCUCUGGUGGCUCUAUGUGGACCACAGGAAUGCCCUUGAUAAUAACACCUUAUCAGUAUUUGGCAAAGAAGUGGCCUCAGACAAUGUCAAGGCUCUGCUUGUGUAUGCAAUUGGUGCUACAAUUUUCACGGUAAUUCUCCUGAUAGUGAUGUUCAUCAUGAGGAAGCGUGUGGCUCUCACCAUCUCCCUGUUCCAUGUGGCUGGUAAAGUGUUCAUCCACCUUCCCCUGCUGGCCCUGCAGCCCCUGUGGACCUUCCUCUGCCUCAUGCUCUUCUGGGUCUACUGGAUCGCUGUGCUUCUCUUCCUCGGGACUUCAGGGACACCGAUUAAGAGCAACUCUACAGGUGUGGUUGAAUAUGAAAUGCAAGGGCCUCUUCAGUACUUGGUGUGGUACCACGCUGUGGGUCUCAUCUGGAUCAGUGAGUUCAUUCUUGCCUUCCAGCAAAUGACCAUCGCUGGAGCCGUGGUCACCUACUACUUCACAAGGAAUAAGUCCCAGUUGCCAGCUACUCCCAUCCUCUCUUCCAUGGCACGGACCAUCCGCUACCAUCUGGGCACUCUGGCCAAAGGCUCCUUCAUCAUCACGCUUGUUAAGAUCCCUCGUCUCAUCCUAACGUACAUCCACAGCCAGCUCAAAGGAAAGGAGAACGCCUGCGCUCGUUGCAUGCUGAAAGCAUGCGUCUGCUGCUUGUGGUGUCUUGAGAAGUGUCUCGCAUACUUAAAUCAGAAUGCUUACGCUGCCACAGCCAUCAACAGCACCAGUUUCUGCACCUCUGCCCGCGACGCUUUCGUCAUCCUGGUGGAGAAUGCCCUCCGAGUGGCCGCCAUCAACACUGUGGGCGACUUUGUCCUCUUCUUGGGAAAGGUGCUUAUAGUCUCCUGCACUGCGUUUGCCGGCGUCCUGGCCCUGAACUACCAGAGGGACUACACUGUGUGGGUCCUGCCUCUCCUCAUCGUCUGCCUGUUUGCCUUCAUGGUGGCUCACUGCUUCCUCUCUGUCUUUGAGAACGUGGUCGACGUUCUCUUCCUCUGCUUCGCUGUGGACUCGAAGUACAAUGACGGCAGCCCUGGACGCGAGUACUACAUGGACAAGGCCCUAAUGGAAUAUGUUGAGAACAGUAAGAAAAUGGGUCGUUACAAGCCAGAUGAUGGAGAUGGACGGGAGAUGAAGUCCAUGGCACGUGGAGGGACUCUUGCUUGACCAAAUGUUUAAAAAAAAUGCGCCAAAACCACUAAAAAUACACCAAAGCUUAAAGAGUUUACCAGCAUUUCACUCCAGGGACAUCAGUAAGAUAACUGUGCACUUCAUACAGAAGCUACACAUAGUUUCAGCGAAAGAUGCAUUCAUUCACUUUUAGUUUUUAUUUUUGAGAAGGUUUGACACUAAUUGGUGUAAUGUGGCAAAAUUUCAUUUGCAUUUGUGUUUUGUUAUUAAUUUGAUGGGUUUGCUAGUGUUGUCUUUCCCUUUCUAACUUGGGUUUUCUCUUUUAUUAUGUUUUAAAUAAUAUGAACGAUGUAACAUGGUUUAACAUGUUUUGUUUUCUUUGUUGCAUAAUUAGUGUUAGUUGUAGUUUGGUGUACAUUUUGAAAUGGGUAGCUAACUGUGUUUCGUCAAAAGCUGUUCCUGUAGUUUUAUUACUUCUCAAAUUUUAUACUUAAAUAAAUUAAAAUACAGA